CUGUCGCAUAGCUAUGUACGGUAGUCGGUAAGCAGCAGGACUCGGUUCAAAAUGGAGCUCGCAGAAAAUGGGCCGGAGGACAAGCCAACCCGUGUCACCUAUGACGAUGCUCUCUCGAUGGCAAAAUUCGGAACAUUCAACAUCGUACUUUUCCUACUUGCUGGGACAAUCCUGACGGCGUUCCUACUGGAAGUCAUGGGAAUAAGCUACGUAGUUGCAGUGGCGGAUCAAGAUCUUCUGAUCACGACCAAGGAGAAGGGAAUCCUGACGGCAGUGGGUUUCAUAGGAGUAAUCGUAAGUUCUCACCUGUGGGGAUUCCUAGCCGAUACCUACGGCCGACGGAGGGUGAUCGUCCCGACGCUGUUCAUCACCUUUGUCAUCAGCGCGAUCUCCAGCUUCACCAUAAGCUUCUGGUCGAUCACGCUUCUUCGGUUUAUGGCAGGAUUUUUCAUCUCCGGCCCGUCGGCCACCAUCUACGCUUACGUGGGCGAGUUCCACAGCCGCAAAAAUGGGUCCCGUGCGAUCAUGGCAGUUUCCUUCGUGUACGGACUGGGUGGUAUCCUGUUGCCUGCAAUCGCUUACAUCGUGCUCAGCCAGGACUGGCAACUGCCGAUCCCGGUACUGGGAAUCAUCUACCGCCCGUGGCGACUGUAUCUACUUGUGAGCAGUCUACCCGGAGUAGUAUGUGCCAUAAUACUGCUCAUGUUUCCAGAGAGUCCCAAGUUCACCCUGAACCAGGGUGACAUGCAGAAAGCCAUCGAGGCCAUCCAGUGGGUUUAUCGAUUUAAUUCCAACUGUAGAGAUCGUACGCUGAAAAUAGAAUACCUCGAAUGUGACGCAGAAGAUCAACUGGGAAAGCGUGGGCUUGGCACGUCUAAUGGUUGCUCAGCUCUGUCGAAGCUGAUCUGGAACCAGACGGCUCCGCUUUUCAUGGGAACCCAUCUACGGGUGACGAUCAUUGUUUGUGUGCUACAGUUCGGCACGUACUUGACCGCCCAUGGAUUGUUCAUGUUCCUACCGCAGAUUGUGGAUCAACUAGCAACGGUCAAAGACUCCGGAGUCCAAAGUAUCAACGUUUGCCAGAUCGUGAACGAUCGGAUGAAUUUCGGUGCGGUGGCAGAGGAUGUCCAUCCGGAUACAGCCAAUCAAACGCUGCACGAUAUGGUGUUCAAACUGUCGCUGCUGAUCGAGAUACUGUACGCGGUGGGAUUCGCAGUAAUCGCAGUGAUCAUCAACACCGUUGGGCGGUUGUCGAUUUUGGUGUCGGUCUUCGUCGGUUGUGGAGUGGCAGGAGUCCUGCUGAUAUUCGUGAGCGAACCGACGGUGGUAAUGGCAUUGUACGUAGUACUGCUAAUGAGCGGCUUUACCGCUAGCGUAGUCAAUGCCGUCGUUGUGGACCUGUAUCCGACCAGUUUGAGGGCGAUGGCCGUCUGUAUUGCGCUGAUGUUCGGUCGCUUGGGGACAGUUGUGGGUUCGAACAUGUUGGGAGUUUUGCUGGAGAAUUACUGUGAGCUCACGUUCGUCAUCCCAUCGGUGCUGCUGAUUGUUUGCGGGCUGCUAUCGUUCUUUAUUCCAAACAUCCGAAAGGGGGUUAGGUCAGGCUCGGGGUAGUUUCGGAAGCGAAAUACAGUGGUUCCUAAAAUUAUUCGAUUUAA